GUUGAAUAGCAGUUAAACAUUGAACUUUGUAACAAUUUUGUCUAGUGAUUUUGUAAUUUUAUGUACAAUAUAAAAUAUAUUAAAAAAUUAAAUGUUUUAAUUGCUUUAAUUUCCCAAUAAAAAAUUACAAAAACAACACCAUGACUAUAGCGGAAUUUUUAAAUUAUAUACUGUGUCGCGAUCAGGUGCAGAUCAUGUGUUUUAAGGGAGGUCCAGAAUUUGAGUUCAUCUGUUGGUGUUUACUGUCCGCCGCUGCUAUGUAUGUAUUCUAUUUGUGGCGUGAGGGACCCUAUUAUACUAAGCAGAAUCGUUUGGAUGGUAAAGUGGUGGUGAUAACCGGCUGUAAUACCGGCAUAGGCAAAGAGACCGCUUUGGAAAUGGCGAAGCGAGGAGCCAGGGUCUACAUGGCCUGUCGUAAUUUCGAUAAAUGUGAAAAAGCUAGAAGAGAAAUUGUCAAUUUGUCCGGCAACACUCAAGUAUUCAAUCGUACUUUGGAUUUGUCCUCCUUAAAAUCGGUCAGAGAAUUUGCGGAAAAUUUCUUAAAAGAAGAGAAACGUUUGGAUAUUUUAAUCAAUAAUGCUGGGAUAAUGAGCACCCCACGCAAACUUACCCAAGAUGGUUUUGAGCAACAAUUCGGUGUUAAUCAUUUGGGUCAUUUUCUUUUAACUAAUCUACUCCUCGAUUUGAUAAAGGCCUCAGCUCCCAGUCGCAUAGUGGUGGUCAGCUCAUUGGCUCAUAUUUUUGGUAAUUUUGAUAAAGAAGACAUGAAUUUGGAAAAGUCUUAUACCCGUUUUGGAGCCUAUGGUCGCAGUAAAUUGUCUAAUAUUUUAUUUACCCGCAAAUUGGGUCGUAUGCUGAAAGACUCAAAUGUUAGCGUUAAUUGUUUACACCCGGGCUCAGUGCAAUCCGAAUUAACACGUUAUGAUCCUGUUUUGAAUUUCUUUAGUUCCAUAUUUUCGAAAUUUGUUUUACGUUCUACGAAAGGAGGAGCUCAAACAAUUUUGUAUUUGGCUUUAGAUCCUGAAAUGCAGGAUAAAACUGGUGGCUAUUAUGACAGAAUGAAAUUGUAUCCUUUACUGGCGAAGGCUAGAGAUGAUGAAAUGGCUGAUUGGUUGUGGCAGGAGAGUGAAAAGCUGGUGGGUUUGAAGGAGAAGUAAAGAGGAGGAGAGAAAAUUGCUAUGCAAGGGUUCUGCAUGUAAGAUUUUGUUAUUCAAAAUAAAGUGUUUUUGUAAUAAAUAAUUAUGAUAAAAAUCUAAAUCUUAAUAAAUAAGUUAAAAUAUAUAUAUAUUUUUAAGAAAACUUA